AUGAGUUAUUCGAAGAGGGGCUGGACGGAUGACAUCAAACAUACCACGAAAUCGUUCCGGAAUUGGCACUCAUGUAUGGCGGACAAACCGUGCAAGAUUAUAGCGAUUGUUGGGAUCUGUCUUGCCGGUGUCUUGUUCCUGUGGCUCAUCGGUGCGUUCAUAACGUGUUGCAACCAAGGUGCUUCUGGUAUAGGCCAAUUCUGCUGCUGGUGUUGUCGGAGCAGCAACAGUGGUGGGACCGCUGCGAUACCGCAGUUCACCAACGCGAGACAGCCACCAAACGUGGUGUACCAGCCCGUGCAACCGCCCGAGCAGUACUUCGAGGACCCGAGGAGAAGUGCUGGCCACGGGGACGCGGAGGAGAUCUUUGAGCUGGAGCAGGACUUCGAUCUGGAGGACCAGCGGCGGAAGAGCAAGAAGAACCAGAGCAGUUACCCUCGAGACGACGAGAUCUUCUACUAA